GGCUCCGGGAGCAGGGAAAGUUGCGCGGCCGGUCGGGUCGCUGAGCUCGGCGCCGGACAGCAGCGGAGCCCGCACCCCGGCCCGGAGUGGCCGGCGGCAGGAGGGCGCGUCGCGGGCCGCUGGCGAUGGAGCUCGAGGAGGGGGACGAGCUGGCCCGGCUCCGCUCCCUCUUCGUGGCCUGCGACGUGAGGGGCUCGGGGCGCAUCGAGCGGGCGGAGUUCGGCUCGCUGUGCGCCGAGCUGCGGGUGCGGCCGGCCGAGGCCGAGGCGAUCUUCCGGCGGCUCGACACGGACCGCGACGGGGCCAUCACCUUCCAGGAGUUCGCCCGCGGCUUCCGCGGGGCCAGCCAGCGGCCGCCGGGGCAGGACGAGGAGGAGGCGUGGGGCGCGGCGGGGCCCAACCAGCCCUGGCGGGAUUUCGAGCUGCGGCUCGGGAGCGAGGCCAGAUACGUCCCCAGGCAAGAGCAGGCUAGUGUUCUGUAUGCGAACAUCAGCUUAGUGGAACCAAGAUUAAUUCAGCCUUAUGAACAUGUUAUUAAAAACUUCAUCCAAGAGAUCAAACUUCAAAGCAUGGAGAUGGAAAGCUUGGCCAUAGCUGUAAAAAGAGCUCAGGAUAAAGCAGCAAUACAGCUCAGUGAGAUGGAGGAGGAGAUGGAUCAGCGGAUACAGGCUGCAGAACACAAAGUCAAGAAGGAAGAGAAGCGGAAAGCUGAAGAGGCAUUAAAUAAUCUCAAGCGUCAGUAUGAGAAUGAAGUUGGUGAACUUCAGGUGACAAUAAAAAAACUUAAAAAGCUGGAAGAACAGUCAAAGAACAUAAAUCACAGAGAAGAUUUGGCUGAAUUAAAAAAAAGAAUACACGAAUUGUCGUGGGAAAAUCAGAAACUUAAAAAAGAUCUUUUAGAAGCACAGACAAGUAUAGCUUUUCUUCAGAGUGAAUUAGAUACUUUGAAAAGUGAUUAUGCAGAUCAAAGUUUGAGCUCAGAAAGAGACCUGGAAAUGGUCCGAGAAUACACUGAAGACAGAGAGAGCCUGGAAAGACAAAUUGAAAUACUUCAAUCAGCUAACAGAAAACUGCAUGACAGCAAUGAUGGUUUAAGGAGUGCACUAGAAAACAGUUUAAGCAAAUGCAACAGAUCACUGCGUCUAACAAACAUCUCCCCGGGAAAUACAAUUACUAGAAGCAGCCCCAAAUGUAAUGGUGGCCAGUCUCCUCAAAAUCCACGAUAUGACAGAUCAUCUCGUUCUUCCUAUGUGGAUGAAGAUGAGUGUUUAGCCCUUUGUGACCCUCUGCAAAGGAUAAACUGUGAUGCUGAUAGCUUGUCUGAAAGCUGCUUUGACAGUGGUUUGUCUACCUUGAGAGACUCAAACGAAUAUGAUUCAGAAGUGGAAUGGAGACAUCAAAGAAAUUUUCAAAGGCCACACUGUACGCAGGACAGUUCUGGUGGUGAUGCUUCUGAUACAGAUGUUCCGGAGAUCAGGGAUGAAGAGGCUUAUAGCCCUGACAACAGCAGUAUAGCAGAAGACUGGAAAUCCUCCCAACCAGUCAGUCGAAGCAGCUCUAGUGCUUCAACAAGGAGGUGUCUCCCUGCCCUCUCUCCACAGACAGACACAAUAGACUGUAACCCGAAAUACCCUAAUUCAGAGAAGGCUUACAAGAUCGUUCUUGCUGGAGAUGCAGCAGUAGGGAAAUCCAGUUUCCUUAUGAGACUUUGCAAGAAUGAAUUUCGAGGAAACACCAGCGCAACUCUGGGAGUUGAUUUUCAAAUGAAAAGGCUUGUUGUUGAUGGAGAACCUACAGUACUCCAGCUAUGGGACACAGCAGGACAGGAGAGAUUUCGAAGUAUUGCCAAGUCGUAUUUCAGAAGAGCAGAUGGCGUGUUACUGUUGUAUGAUGUGACAUGUGAAAAGAGUUUUCUUAAUGUACGAGAAUGGGUGGAUAUGAUUGCGGAUGCAACUCACGAGAAUAUUCCAAUCAUGAUGGUUGGUAACAAGGCAGAUCUUCGCCAAACAGUUUCAGAACAAGGACAAAAAUGUGUAUCAAUCAACUAUGGAGAAAAAUUGGCCAUGACUUAUAAUGCACUCUUUUGUGAAACAAGUGCUAAAGAUGGAUCUAAUAUUGUAGAAGCAGUUCUUCAUCUUGCUCGUGAAGUGCGAAAAAGAAGUGACAAUGAAGACACAGGGUCCGUAACCAACCUGGCUGAGCCAACUGUCAAAAAAUCGACACUAAUGAAGAACUGCUGUAAUAUAUAAUUAACAAAUUCCCUUUCUGCCCUAAAUAAUUUUACUUUUGUAUUUUUAUCACUUUUAAGAAUGAAGGAUUUACAUGAGGUUGUUCUCCUUACUAUGGAUAUAUAUGUAUAUAGUAGUUGCAAAACUUGAGAAAUUCAGUUCCUACUUUCUGCUGCUCUGCACUUGUGCACUUGCCUUGCCUCACAGGCUGUGGUUUGAUCUCACUUAUAUCAGUGUAUGUCAAUAAAAUUGGAGAAAUUACAUUGGUUUAAAAAUGGUCUGAGAUCAGAAUCAAGGCUUCUACUUUUGCCGGGAAUUUAUGAUAGUCAGUACAGUACUGUAUUUUCAUUUCAUUCAUCUAGACAUUUCCUUAUAAAGUGAAAGAGGUUUCACAAACUGAAGACACUAUAAUAAUUUAUUUUAAACCCAGGAUAUUCAGAGCCCAGGGGAAAUUCCAUCGUUACUUCAUCUAAUUUUGCCUAGGACCGCAAAUGUAGGUCAAAUUAGACCUGUAUGAAAUAUUCACAACAAACCACCCAGCCACUUGAAA